AUGACGUCUUGCUUCGUCUUCUUCUUCUUCUUCUUUUUACUUCACACCCUCAUUAUUCUACAAAGAUAUUUUUUAUGUUCUUUUCUUUUUCUCUCUCUUCAUCUGAUACUGUUUGAAACCCCAUCUUCUCUUUCUCAAAGUCUCGUUAUUAUUUUCUUCUCCUUCAUCUUCUCUCUCUCUCUCUCUCUCUCUCUCUCUCUAACUUAUUCUUCUCUUUUAUAUUUCUUGUUUCUUCUAUUUUUCUUUCCUUCCUGUUAUCUUUCUUCAUCAAUGUAUUUCUCUUCUUCUUAUGUUUCUUUUUGUUUUUCUCUUUUUGCGUUUCUUUCUUGUGAUUUCUUUUCUUUUUUCUUCUUCGUCUUCAUUUAUGACCACCUUCUUCUUCUUCUUCUUCUUCUUCUUCUUCUUCUUCCUCCUCCUCCUCCUCCUCCUCUUCUUCUUCUUCUUCUUCUUCUUCUUCUUCUUCUUCAACAUUUUUUAAUUUCUUUCUUUCCCUUUGCCAUUGAUAUAAUUAAGCUCUUGACUAAUCAUUUUCUUUCGUUCCCUAUUAAACCCUCUUUUCUUUCUGCUCUUCUUUAUCAUCAUUUCUUUUUUUCACUUUUCCUUCAUUUUUUUCUUUCUUCUUUAUUUAUUCUUCCGACAUUUUACCUGCUUGUUUCUUUACUUCUUUCUCGUCCCUUUCAUUUUCUCUUCCUGUCUUCUCUUCUCGCUUUAAUAUACUUUCCUUCUCUUUUUUUUUUUUUUUUCAUUCUUUCUUCCUGGUCUUCGCUUUAUCACUUUCGUCUUUUUCUCUCUACUUUCAUUUUUCUUGUUUCUUUUCUUUUUACUUCAUUUUUCUUCUUUUUCCUCGUUUCUUUUUUUUUCAUUUCUCUUCUCUAUUUUAUAUUUCAUCCUUUUUCUCUUCUUCUUCUUCUUUCUCUUUUUCUUCCUUUUCCUCUUUUUUCUUUCUCCUGGUUUUCUCAGUUUUCUUCUUUCUUUUCCUUCUUUUUCCUUUUUACUUUUUUUUUCCUCUUUUUUACUUCUUUCUUAAUUGCUUACUCUUUUUAUCGCUCUAUUUAUUUAUCACUUUCUCCUUCCUUCGCACGCUUUCUCCUUUUUCUUUCUUUUACAUUUUUCCCUCUCUUUUUUCCUUACUCCUUUGCUUUCCUUUCCCGAUCUUCUUUUUUGUACUUUUUCGUUUUCUUUUUAUAUUUCCUUCCUAUUGCUUCUUCUUUUUUCUUCUUCUUUUUUGCUUUUUCUUUUCGUUCUCUUUUCUUAUUUUUAUUCAUUUUUUUUCUUUUUUUUUUUUCAUUCUUCCUCUUGCUCAAUCUUAUGACUUUUUCUUCUGUCUUUCUCUCUCCUUCUUUUUAUUCUUUCGUUCAUCUCUUUUGUCACUUUACCAGCUCUUUCUUCCUUUUUCAUUUCUAUUUCUCCCCCCCACUCAAUGAUACUUUCUCUCUUUUUUUAAAUUGCUCCUUUCACUCUCCUUUUUCUUCUCCUCUUCCUCUCUCUCUCUCUCUCUCUCUCUCUCUUUUCCCCGCUAUAAUCUCCUCUUUCUUUUCUUGUCUCUUCCUUUUUUUCUUCUUUCUUCUCCAUCAGCGUAACCUCCUCUCUCUCAACUGA